AUGGCCACAGAAUCGCACAGCCCAGACCCCCAGCCUGAUAAAUCAUACACCCUCAUGGACCUCCCCACCGAGCUCCACCUCCACAUCGCAACCUACCUCCCGUACCCGGACGCGCUGGCCCUGAAGCACAGCUGCCGCCACUUCUACCCGCUGGUCUACACAGGUGUCCACCUCAAGGUCGACUGGCUGGUGGAGCGCUUUGAGCGCAAGCUGGAGUGUCCGAUGGAGAAGUGCUCGUUCCGCACGGACGAGUCGUUCUGCAAUGCGCGGGUGCGCCGGAUCAUGGAGCGCAGACGCCGGCACCUCGAGUGCCUGCGGUCCCCCGGGGGCUGCUUCGUCAUCGACGGGGAGACCUGUCAGAAGGAUCUGGUUCCGACAUGGCUGAAGAAGCGGGGACGGUUGCAGAGAGCGCGGUCUUGGGGGUAUGAAGUGUUUGUGACUGGGUUGGUCUUCCUGGUUCUAAACUUGCUGUGGCAUCUGUGUGGAAGGUAUGGGGGCUCCGAUCUAUUCUUGCAGCUUGUAAACGGGACUGACGGGCUUGUCUAG